AUGGGCACCUUCCCCUUCUAUCCCGCGUACAGCAAGGAGGAGUGUAAUGUCGUUUCGUUGUUGGUCGCGCCGUUGUGUCGUGCAGAGCAGACAGGACCACCCAUGAGGUUUACGAUAAGAUACGACAUCCGCUUGUACUACACCCAGCGGGGCAACUCAGUGUCACAAAUAUUCCCAAUAUCAGUGGACGGGAAGCGAAAUCCACAAAUAUCUCAAUAUGGGGUGCGCAACAUCUUUAGUGAAAUACCUCGUUUUCAUUUUCAACUUCGUUUUUGCAGUUUAUUGGUGAUUGGAAUAUUGCUGGAAAAACAAGUCAACGAAUAUGAUGAAUUCUUAAAUGGAAAAUUUCAUGCACCACCGAUCAUUCUCAUUGUUGUUGGGAGUUUAAUUUUUAUUGUGGCAUUUUUCGGAUGCUGUGGAGCUAUUCGAGAAAGUCAUUGUAUGCUUAUUAUGUAUGUCAUUCUAGUGCUGACAGUUUUCAUCCUUCAAGUAGUUGUAGCAGGAUUGGCAUUUGCAUAUAGGGAUGACACGAAAGAUGUUAUUGACUCGAAACUUAAGAAUUAUGUAUAUAAUUACGGAAAUAACAAGGCAAUUGUGGAUUCUAUACAGACAAACCUUAAAUGUUGUGGUUACGAUGGUACUGGGGACUAUACAUCACAAUCUAUAAGCAUACCUUCGAGUUGCUGUCCUAAAUUACCCACUACCUGUGCACGAAAAGAAGCAUACGAUGAAGGAUGUAAAGACGCUCUGGAGGAUUUUAUUGAAAGUCAAGGAAAUAUCAUCGGCGGGGUAGCUAUAGGAAUUGCUGUUAUCGAGAUUGUUGGAAUUAUUUUUGGUCUUUGCCUGGCCAACUCUAUCAAGAAUGCAGAGAGAAGAGGAAGAUAAUUAAGGUUUUGUUUUUUGCAAACUUAGACAUACAAUUUGUAUUAUUUACAUUACUCCUGUACAAUUAAAUGACAAUGAAUUUAUUUGAAUUAUACCUAUUUUC